UAAAAAUAUCUGGCAUUUCCGGCGUCAUGUUUCUGUGGUAGCCGUUUCGCCGUUUUUAUUUCGUACUUGUUUUUAACAGAAAAGUGGAAUAUGUUGCUUAAUUUUAAUUAUGGAAUCAUCUCUUGCUCACCAAACAACCUUUCUAUAUGAGAAUUUUUCUAGUAUUUUACUAGGACAAGACAUGGCAUCAAACACAAGGAAUCCUAAAGAAAUUAGAGAAAUGGUUUCUGACAGUAACAAGACAAAAUCUUGUUAUGGAAAAUUUACUGACAUGUCAGAUAUGCAGAGAAAUCUGAGCAAGUUGAAAUCUUUGUCAGAAGAUGACAAGACAGAAACUGCUAUGUUACGAUCUCGUAUAGAUGAACAGUCACAACUCAUAAUGAUAUUAAAACAAAGAGCGGAUGAUGUGUCAAGAAAAUCACAAACUUUGGAUAAAAUUAACAAAGAAAUGAUGGACUUCAGAGAAAAUGCACAGGAAAUGUUGGAUGGUGAAAUCAGAAAAUAUAACAUAUUAAAUGCAAGAUUUGAUGACUUGGCUUCUAAUCAUCAAGAACUAAUUAAGAUAAAGGAUGAAUACAAACGUUCAAAUCAAGAAUUACGAAUAGAAAAUUCUCGUCUCAGGGAAGAAAAUGAAAGAAUAUUUUCAGGUGCUGUUUUGGAAAAAGACAAACAAAUUGCAGAAAUGGAAAGAAAAUUAUCAAGUUUUAAAGAGCAGUAUAAUAUGCUGGAACAAAAGCACAGACAGCUACAACAAGAUAUGAAAGGUAAAGAAGAUGGUUUACGGAAUGAGAUAAAAACUGUGAAUGAAAACUACAGAACUGAAGUUAAAAUGUUACAGAGCAAGUUACAAGAUUCAGAGGAAAGAUUAAAGGGUGCUAAUUACAAACUACAGAAUCAGAUUGAAGGUAGAAAAUCCUUAGAUGUGGAGUCUCAACAUAGAAUACAGCAACUAACCAAGGAAAAGGAUGAAUUGUUAGAUCUUGCUAUGCAGAGAGGAAAGAUAGUACAGAGAGAACAAACAGAGAAUAAGAAAUUACAAAAAAGGAUUGAAGACAUGGAGAAAGCUGUUCAAACAAUGGAAGAAAAAUUUGAAAGAGAGGCAACAGCAGUUAAUGCCAACCUUCAAGUGAGACGACUGAGAGAAGAGGCGUCCGAUGCUGGUCAUAAAUAUACAGAAGUUGUCAAAGAAUUUGAAGCCUACAGAAAGCACUCUCAGACAUUAUUACAAAGAGAAAAAGAUCUGAAUGAGAGAUUAAGACAUUUAGCUGCAUAGCUUGUACCUAGGUGUUUAUUGCUGAGAUUAAUUUGUAGAGGAAUAGUAAAUGUAGUAGUAUGAACAAAUAUAUGCACAAGAUGUACCAAUAAUGGAUGGAUAAAAGGAGAAAUUAAUUUAUUAUAGUUAUUGAAUUAGAAAAAGAAGAUAUUGCUAUUAUAAAAUGCAUCAUCUUGUAUAUUUGUAAAAAAUCAGUGAUAAGGAAUAACUUCAAAUCAAAUACAUUUUGUAGUACAAUUAGACGUCAUAUCAAAUAGUACAACUAGACAUCAAAUUUGAAUGAAAUAUUACUGAUAAAGGUAGUAUGACAGUUGUUUACUCUCUUGAGUCAGAAAUAACAGCAAAUGAUAGGUACAGAUUAUUAUUUAAAUAUCAUAAGCAAAAAACAAUUUAAUGAGUGGGGGCCAAUACAUUCGAAACUAUGUAUGUAUUUUAACCAAAAAAUGUGUUUCUUCAAUUAGAAAUAUACUCUUUUAUGUUUUUGACAGCCAUGAAAUGACAGUAAAUUCUGUAAAAUGGUGAAAGUUGACUAUUUGAUUUUGAACAUGGUUAGAACAUAUAUACAAUUACUAUAGAGCACAACAGUUGCCAAAAAAGAUAUUGAAACAGUAAAGAGUAUUUUGUUUUUAUCAAUUAACUAGCUAAAAGUCAUUUUGGGUGAUGCUUGUACUUUAUGAUAAUUAAGCUAAAAGAUACAGAAUGUGGUGGGUUAAAAAUUUAAAGGGUUCCCAACUCUCCACCUAAUCUGGGACAAAAGGCUUGGCUUAUAUUAACAUUUUUUCAAAAGUGCCUCUUAGAAUGUUUAAAAACUUCAUUAGUUAUGAUAUCAAGCAAAUUUUUCUUUUUUUGUAUAUAAUACAGGGACCAAUCAAAACCAAAUUGUAAAACCUUGCAUGUGUAUACAGGAAUACUAUUUAUUGUCAGGCUUUCUUAUACUAGCAACAACAAAUACAGUAUAAUACACUAAGCGUGAAUGAUUUAAAUUUUAAAAUCUUGAUUAAGGGGAGAUAACUCGGAUAGUUUUAUUGUAUAAAGAAAUUUACAGUUCAAUAUGAAGUAGGAAGAAAUUCAGUCAUUUUUUGAUACUCCAAUUUACUUUUAAACUGAUUGUAAAUUAAUUUUUAUUUGAUUUUUUUGCAUUAUAUAUGUACACUAAAACUUUAUCUCAUUCAUUUCCUUACAUUAGAAUAUAAUAAGAGAUAUAUUAAUCUAACUUUCCUGAGUAAAUAUUGAAGAGUAAGUUUCUUACACAUGCAUAAAAAAUCCUUUCUUUUAUGUGGACAAUUUCUCAAAUAAUGUAACAGGUAAUUGCAAAACUUGUAAUGCAUAGAAAAGACUUUAUUUGAUUACCUUUCUAUUUUCAGAAUAUUACAAAACUUACAAGAAAUGAUAAAUAAUUUUUCACAUCAUUGAUUUUCUUUAAAAAGAAACAUAAUUGAUCAUGUUUAAUGAUAGUUAAUUCACAUGUUUUUCCAUCUCUGAAGUUUAAUAACCAAAUCCUUAACCUCCUUUAAAGUCAACCACUCUACAAGAUAUUGUAAAGAUUUUGUCAGUUUAUAUCCAAUACUUUCUCCAUGUGUACACUUUUUACAGAUAUGUAAUAGAAAACUUUGUAAAAUUAAGAGAAAUGUAUUGAGGAUUGAAAGUUUGAAACUGUUUAAUGUAAUAGAAAACUUUGUAAACUUGAGAGAAAUGUAUUGAGGAUUGAAACUGUAAACUUGAGAGAAAUGUAUUGAGGAUUGAAACUGUUUAUGUGUUGAAUUUCCAGAAAUAAUAUCCUUGUAAAGAUAUUUUUAUUUGCAGAAUUUAUUUUAACAUUUUUAUUCAUUGUAUCAAUUUGAAAUACUGCAAUUUGUUUGGUUUUUGGGAAAGGGUGCACAAAAAAUCAUUAGGUGAUGGAAAGAUUAAUUUGUAAUCAAAUUUGAAAAUAAAAAAUCUUCAUUUUUUUAAGAAUUUUGGUUAUCUUUUUUAAAAGGUCUUAUAAAGUCAUGGUGUUAUCUUUAUUAUUCCCCUGCUAAGAGAAGCAUGGUUGGGCGACCUUUUUGUCAGUUGUUUCAUUCAUCUGUGUGCUCAAAAUGUCUGCCAUUUGUACUUAGACUCAUUCUUUAAAGAAUGACUGGUUUAUUAGGAGUCCAGCAAGUAUCAUAUACCAUAUUGCACCUCAUAUUUUAUUUAUCAAAUUGUCUUCCUGAAUUUGAAAGAUAUCUUUUUAAAUGCUAUGCCUAUUAAUUUCGAUCAGAUUUUUAUGCCCCACCUACAAUAUGCCCCACCUGUGAUAGUAGAGGGGCAUUAUAUUUUCUGGUCUGUGUGUCCAUUAGUUCGUUCAUCCCUCCCUUCGUCCUUCCUUCCAUUCGUCCGUCUUUCUGUCCGUCUGUUCUGGUUAUAGUUUUUGUUCAAGGUAGUUUUUAAUGAAGUUGAAGUCCAAUCAACUUCCAACUUAGUACACAUGUUCCCUAUGAUGUGAUCUUUUUAAUUUAAUUGCCAAAUUAGACUUUUGAACCCAAUUUUACAGUUCACUGAACAUAGAAAAUGAUAGUGCAAGUUUCAGGUUAAAUGUUUUGGUCAAGGUAGUUUUUGAUUUAGUUGAAAUCCAAUCAACUUAGUACACAUGUUCCUAAGGUUCUGAUCUUUCUAUUUUAAAUGCCAAGUUAGAUUUUUUAUUCCAAUUUCACGAUCCACUGAACAUAGAAAAUGAUAAUGGGAGUGGGGCAUCCGUGUACUAUGGACACAUUCUUGUUUACUUUCUGACACUGUUCUGACUAAAAAGAAAACUGUGCCAUGGUAAAGUUGUAUUAAAACACUCUUUUUAUCAUGCUUAAGUUUUAUAUUUUGAUGGUAUAGUCAAGUUUUCUGGAAAAAAUAUGUUUUUUUUAUAUAUUUUCUGUCUAUAAUAUUGUUAUUUUUUAAUGUAGUGUUUUUGUUGAUCAAUGAAAUUGUGAAAGCCUAUUUAAUUAUUAUAGAAUGUCAUACCCUUAUGUCUUGGUUAGAUUUGUUUUCAGAUGUCCGUCCAUAAAUUACUUGUGAUUUUCUUUUAUGUAUAAUGAAAGAAUGUUUAUCAAAGAAAUUGUUUUAUUCCUUAAUUGUCUUUUUUGCAAUUUUCGUGUUGGUCUAUUUGUCAGUUUGCCCAAGAAUAUUUAAAGUACUUCUGAAAAAUGACUUCAUAUUUGGUUAACUGUGUGAUGCUGAUAAGUUUAAAUAUAUGAGCAUAAAAGACGGGAUGUAUUAUGGUAUGCCAAUGUUUGUCCAUAUGAUGUAUGUCUGUGUGACAACAAUUCAUAUGAAUAAACUCAAAUAUGCCUCUCCCAAUUUUCCCAUAAAUUUAACAUAACAUUAGAAUUGAUGGAUGAAAACACUCACUUGUAAUUUUUUUGUUAUUGGCUAUUUUAUUUCAGAGUUACUGAACUUAGACCCUUAAAAUCAAGGCAAUUUUUCACAAAUUGUGCACUUCGUCAACUAUCCAUUUCCUUCAAACUUCACUUUAAUUUGUGGAUUGAUGAAAAAGAAACUUUCUUUUUAUUUAUUUUUUUUUUAUUUUCUGGUUUGUUGUUCCAGAGUUUAAAUAACAUUUAAGGCUGUUUUUCACAAAUAGUGCACUAACUUCAGUAACUUGGAUUGAUAUUCUCCAAAUAAUUAUGUGGGGAUUGAUAAAAGUUCCAUUUUGAUUUUUUAGGUUUUCAAUGUUUGUAACUCCAGAGUUCAGGGACUUUCAUUGCAAGAUUUUAGAUUUUUUUUAUACAGUAACUUGAGUUUACUUAGAUUGAUUUAUUGUAGAAUUUACAUAAUUAUAAGAAAUAAUACUUCUUUUAGAAAUUGUGAAAAUAAUAAACAAUUUAAUUUGAUAAAUGGUAGCAUCAUGCAUGUUUAUCCACAGAGCUAUUUUAUAUUUCUAUAAUUAAAUGCCUUUGAAAUAUAUUGUCGACUAUUAUUCUGUGUGUAUAAAUAAUUUGAUUAUGUUCGUCAUUCAUUUCUUUGGUGAGAAGCCUUUCUGCUUGUUUUUUUUAUACUCUGAAUUACAAUAGGAGUAUAACUAGUGCAAGUACAUAAAUUGCAACCUUUUGUUUAUUUUUAUAAUGUGUAAUGUCUGUACUUGAAAUCUGUUACAUUUGUCACAGAGUGACUGCUCAUGAUUACAUGUGUUUCAUAGUUUAUAUACAGAAUGUUUUAUAGAUAUAUUUUGAUUUCUGUGAUAUACAUUUAUUACUGCUGAACAUCAUACUGCUGAAUAAACUUAAUAUAUGAUCUUGGGGAAAUCAAAUGUUAAUAGCUAUAAUGUGUAAUUAACUUACAAACAAAGAGCAUAGGGAUCAUAUCAAAAUGAUUUAAAUGAAACUUACAUGUACUCUGUUUUUCCUCAAAAAGGGAAAAUCUAUAUGCAUUGAUUUUAUGAUUUUCAUAGUCAUUGCAAGGAGUAUGAUAUUCAGGCUUGCUUUGAUGACAUUUUUGAUGUGUUUUGCAGAGAAAUAGGACUUUGAUUGUCAAGAUAUUGUGAUUCUUUAAUUUUAUUUUAUUGAUACCAGUUUUCUUGAAUCAGAGAGAAAUUAAAUUGUCCUUGAUGUAUGAUUAUGUUGUUUCCUCAGAUUCUGCAAACAAGACUAUAAGAAAUUUUACUAUGUUGAACAUUUCAACUUCUGGUUAAUGUUUAUCUCAAAAUCCAUAUAAACUUAGUACCCCAGAUAUGAUUUCAUGCUAUUAAUUUAACAUUUUGUGUAUAGUAAAUGUGGAUUUCAAUUGUAGUGCUUUAAACAAAUAUGUAUUAAUCUUUCUCAUUUUGUGCCAAUAAUACUUAUUGAACAUGUUAAAAACAUUCUCUUAUAAUUCAACUUGUAAAAAAUUUGUUAAACCUUAAAUAUGUUGUCUGACCCGAAGUGAUAUUAUGUUGUAAACAAUAUUUAACUGAAAGACUAAUAAAUGUGAUAUGUUAUUU